GGGUGCUGGGGAGCCGGUCUGAGAGGCAGUGGCACACAACAGCCCUGCAGUGUCGUCCGGCGCCAUCGCUUCCGCACGGGACGGUCAGGGAAGGAGCGGAAACAGCAGGCCCGCGUGGCCGCCCAGCGUUGCUAUUCCCCAAGGGAGAGUCCAGGUUGGGGGCCCCCACGAGUUUGACUGCUGAAGAUGUUUAGUUUGGGAGCUGGAAUGAUAAUGGACUAUCCAGUAUUUCACCUUUAACAACUUCAUCCAUCCUAGGCUGAAAGAAAUUGUCAAAGAAUUGCUUUGGUCGGUACUUAUUCAUCAAGCAAGGUAUCUUUGGACUUUGAAGAUGGCAACCAAUCUUUCAGUCCUGGAAGAGGAACUGGCUUCUGUCGACAGUGAGCUGCAGGCUUUGGAAAUCCAGGUCCAAGAACUUCUGGAGCGUCAGCAGGAGCUUAUUCAGAAGAAGACAGUGCUCAAAAGGAAAAUAGAACAGUUUGCUGACACUGGGAGCGGAAGCAGUAAAGAAACGGAAUUAGCAGCUGAAGCUUGGAACAAGGAAGACUUCCCCUGGUCCAAAAAAAUCAGAAAUGCAUUGCCAGAGCAUUUUAAGCUCAAAAAAUUUAGGUCUUUGCAACUGGAAGCCAUCAAUGCUACAAUGGCAGGAAGGGAUGUGUUCCUUGUCAUGCCGACCGGUGGUGGAAAAAGUCUGUGCUACCAACUUCCGGCUGUGUGUUCUGAUGGCUUCACGCUUGUCAUCUGUCCUCUCAUCUCACUUAUGGAAGAUCAGCUAAUGGUAUUGGAGCAGCUGGGAAUCUCGGCGACUUUACUGAAUGCUUCAAGCAGCAAGGAACAUGUGAAGUGGGUUCACACUGAAAUGCUGGCUCGCAAUUCACAACUAAAACUAAUCUAUGUGACCCCAGAGAAGAUUGCAAAAAGCAAACUAUUUAUGGCAAAGCUGGAGAAAGCUUAUCAAGCUGGAAGGCUUACGCGCAUUGCAGUGGAUGAGGUCCAUUGCUGCAGCCAGUGGGGACAUGACUUCAGGCCUGAUUACAAGUUGCUUGGGAUCUUGAAGCGGCAGUUUCCCAAUGCACCAUUGAUUGGGUUGACUGCAACAGCCACAAACCAUGUCUUGCAGGAUGCUCAGAAGAUUCUUUGUGUUCAGAAGUGCAUCACCUUUACUGCAUCGUUUAACCGACCCAACCUGUAUUAUGAGGUUCGGCAAAAGCCUUCAAAUGCUCAGAAUUUCACGGAGGAUAUUGUGAGACUCAUCAAUGGAAGAUACAAAGGCCUUUCAGGCAUUAUCUACUGUUUUUCCCAGAAGGAUGCGGAGCAAGUUACCAUGAGUUUACAGAAACUGGGAAUUAAGGCAGGUACUUACCAUGCAAAUAUGGAACCUGAAUAUAAAAGCAAAGUUCACAAGCGAUGGUCUUCCAAUGAAAUUCAGGUUGUAGUGGCCACUGUUGCCUUUGGCAUGGGAAUCGACAAACCAGAUGUAAGGUUUGUAAUUCACCAUUCAAUGAGCAAGUCCAUGGAGAACUAUUACCAGGAGAGUGGACGUGCAGGUCGAGAUGAUCAGAAAGCUGACUGCAUCUUAUAUUAUGGCUUUGGGGACAUGUUCAGAAUCAGCACAAUGGUAGUGAUGGAAAACGUUGGGCAGCAGAAAUUGUAUGACAUGGUUUCCUAUUGCCACAGCAUGAGCAAGUGUCGCCGGGUCCUGAUAGCUCAUCAUUUUGAUGAAGCCUGGGACUCUGCCAAUUGUAACCAGAUGUGUGAUAACUGUUGCCGAACAGAGUCAUUUGAGAACAUGGAUGUGACAGAGUACUGCAGGGAUCUCCUCAAGAUUUUGGAGCAAGUGGACCAAAUGAGGGAGAAGUUCACUCCUCUGAAGCUGAUUGAUGCCUGGUUGGGGAAGGGUUUGUCAAAACUGGGAGUUGAGGUGGUUGCUCCCAAACUUCCCCGGGAUGCACUGGAGAGAAUAAUUGCCUAUUUGAUCUUGCAAAAAUAUCUGAAGGAAGACUUCAGUUUCACAGCAUAUACUACAAUAUCCUAUGUCAAGAGGGGGCCCAAAGCCAACCUGUUGAAAAAUAAGGCACAUGCUAUCAAAAUGGAAGUGAUAUUGAGCAAAAAUAGUAAUGCUAAGAUCAAAUCCCCUCUGUUAUCCAGUCCGGGAAGCUCAGUUCAAAAGAAAAUGGAGCUUACACAUACAAAAAGAGAAGGCAAGCAUAAACCACCUCGUUCAGAAAACUACCUCCAAGCAAAAAAGAGUAAAAUUGAGACACACAAAGCAGAGGAUGACGACGAGUCAAUAUUAAUUGAAGAUUAAGAAGUUGGAGCUCUAGAUGCCCUCUGUCAUGCUUAUGUUUGACUCCAGACUGUCCCUUAAUAGGCAAUGUAUUUUUACUUUUCAACCCCAAAGGAACUGGAUUUGCAGAGGUUACAUCUUGCCAAGCAAAAAACAAUAGCAUGACACUGAGAACCAAAUGAAGAAAACAAUGUCGGUCACUGUCAAACCCACAUGGACGAUAGCCACUGAUGACAAAGGCAAUCCAACCAAGGACAUAUUUGGAUUUUUCUUCAUCAGUUUUUGUAAACAGUUUCUUUCUUCUUCUUCUUCUUUUUUUUAACCUCACCAAUAUGGGUAAUGGAAGUGGAGACAUCAAGUCAGUUGUUGAAAGGUCUGAAAAUGUGUAUGGAAGAGAAAUUUGCUUAACUUGCAAAUGGAAAAUGGUAGCUGCCACAUGAAACUUUGAAUCCAUCUUGGCUGCACCAACAGAGAGUUGGAUUUCCAGGAAUGAGUAUUGAAAGGAGGAUUCACUCUUUUGCCAAACAGCCCAAUUUGCUACUCAAAUGAAAAGGUUUCCAGAAGAGGAAUCUAAAGCUGCUGCAGACUUCCUGUCUGUCAUCGUUUUUGCGAUAAGUUUUUUUUUUUUUUUGAAGGCAUCCUUAUGUAGUCUUGACCCUUUACCACAUUUCAAAGCAGGUGUAAAAGUAGUUUGAAACACUGUCAGCUGGGGGUGGCUUAUAGAAGAAAGCUUAAGUCUGAGAGAAUGGCCAGAGCAAGCUGCUACAGGAUGACUUAUCCAUUCUGAUCUUUUUUUUUUUUUUUACAUUUCCCAUUAUUCAAAAAGAAAUUGGGAUGUUACUUGAAUGGUAGAACUUCAAGGGAAAGAGUACUUUUAUAAGAGUACUUUUGAAGGCUGUCGGCUGUUUCACCUAAGCGAUUGCAUCAGUCAUGUUGCACAUUGUGUGGUAGCUGUGACCGGGAACACCUGAACAUCCACACUUUCUCACUGCAUCUACAAAAGGAUCUUUUUGAUAAAUAGGUUAACCAUUCCAAAAAAUUUCAUUCAGAGAGAACAGAUCUGUGUUACCCAGUUGAGGCUCUGGCCUUUUAAAAAAGAUUUGAUGAGGGGCUGCAGCAGGAAUAUAUUUGAUGGCAUGUAGGUCUCAAGAACAACAUGUGAGAAACACUUUUCAGGGCCUGGAACACACCUUCAGGGACUACACCUGCUAUUCCAAAAUGACAAUCUGUGAUCUUGACUCUAAUCAUGUUGGAAUGGUGGCUGAAUUUGUUUACCAUUAAAAUCUCUAUAAAACGUUUUAGACGAUGACAGCUCAAAGUGAACUGGAAA